AGAAGAGCCGAAACAAUCCAUCAAGAGCUUACAUGCGAGACGCCAAGGCAAUGGCUGCUACGCCAGCUGACGUCAUCGAGCACCCGAACGCUUACGCUUUCGUCGUGGACAUGCCUGGGAUCAAAGGAGACGAGAUCAAGGUUCAGGUGGAGAACGAGAACGUGCUUGUGGUGAGCGGAGAGAGGAAGAGGGAGAGCAAAGAGAACGAAGGUGUCAAGUACGUGAGGAUGGAGAGGAGGAUGGGUAAGUUUAUGAGGAAGUUUCAGUUGCCUGAGAAUGCUGAUUUGGAAAAGAUCUCUGCUGUUUGUCAUGACGGUGUUUUGAAGGUUACUGUUCAGAAACUUCCUCCUCCUGAGCCUAAGAA